AUGAUGGUCACGGUCGCUGCCAACAACAAGUUCCAGUUUACGCCUAACUCUAUUGUUGCCCAACCCGGUGACAUGGUCGCUUUCAACUUUGUCAGCCAGAACCACAGUGUCGCCUCCUCCGACGCAAACAGCCCCUGCCAGCCCCAAGCGAACGCCAUCUUCUCCGACUUCCAGCCCAUCCCCGGCAACCCCAACGGCUCCCCAGGUGCAGGUGGCGCUGGUGGUGCUGGCAAUGCCGCUGGAGCUGCUGCUGCCGCUAACGGUAACGGUAAAGGCAACGGUCGCAACCGCAACAACAACCGCCAAGCUGGAAACACACCCAUGUUCAUGGUCCCCGUCGUCGACAACCAGCCCAUGUACAUCUACUGCUCGCAAGCCCAACAUUGCCAACAGGGCAUGGUCAUGGUCAUCAACCCGCCCAACGCUCAGGCCGUAACUCAGUACCAGAACCUCGCUGCUCAGGCAAACAACAACGUUUCUCCCCAGGGUGGCAUCAGCGGUGGACAGGUCGUUAACAACCUCGCUGGAACUACUCCCAAGAGCGUACUCGGUGGUACGGCUGGUGAUGCGGCAACGGCAGCGAAGGCGGCUACGAACGGCAAUGGCAAGGGCAAGGGUGGCGGUGCUGCUGGUGGUGGUCUUGCUGGAUUCCUUGCGGGCCUUGGUAAGAACAACGUCGUCGUUGAGACCAGCUCCAAGAAACUCUUCGGCUUCCCCGGUGCUGGCGCCCUCGGUGGUGGUGGCGCGGCCGCGGCCCUUGCUGGUGCUGGUGCUGGAGCUGGUGGUGCUGGAGGUGCUGGCGCAGCUGCAGGUGGUGGUGGUGCUGGUGCCAUUGCUAAGAGCGGACUCAAGGGUUUUCUUAACGGACUUGCUCAGGGCGCCAACUAA